AAGAUCGAAAAUCAUAAAACUGAAAAAGAGGGAAGAACAAUAAUCUUAAAUCUUAAGAAUUUCAAAACAUUUACACAAGAAGGAUCUCAUUUUUUAUUAGCGAAUCGGAACAAUGGUAGGGCGCUCGCCGACGAUGAUUGUGACGAAUACCCCUGCGAAAGACCUCGCCUACACCAAUUUCGCCUUCUGCUCCCCCGGCGAUCUCCGGGAUUUCGUUGUACCUGGAUCGGGGAACGCCUACGCUUUGAUCGGCGAUGUGUUUGUUCUUUCUGUUUCUGGACAUGAUGGCAUUCCUGCGGGACACAUUGGUUUAAAUGCCAUUCAACGCCGUCACGCAAAAGUCUCCACUGGGGAUACAACGUCUGUCACCAGAUUCACUCCUCCUGAAGAUUUCAAUAUAGCAAUGCUGACCCUUGAGUUAGAGUUUGUGAAGAAGGGGGCAAGAGAUGAACAGGUGGAUGCUGUCCUAUUAUCCAAGCAGAUCCAAAACAGAUUCAUGAACCAGGUUAUGACAACUGGGCAAAGGGUAACAUUUGAGUAUCAUGGUAAUGGAUAUAUCUUCACUGUCAACCAAGCUACUCUUGAGGGGAAAGAAAAAUCUCAUGGUAUGGAGAGGGGGAUGAUAUCACCUGAGACAUUCAUUAUAUAUGAAGCAUCAAGUUCAAGUGGAAUAAAGAUUGUCAACCAGAGGGAAGGUGCUAACAGCAACAUCUUCAGGCACAAAGAGUUCAAUCUCCAGUCAUUUGGUAUAGGUGGUUUGAGUGCUGAGUUUGCUGAUAUAUUCCGAAGAGCUUUUGCCUCAAGGGUCUUUCCUUCACAUGUAACUUCUAAACUUGGCAUCAAGCAUGUUAAGGGAAUGUUGCUUUAUGGACCUCCUGGUACUGGGAAGACUUUGAUGGCUCGACAGAUUGGAAAAAUGUUGAAUGGGAAAGAACCCAAGAUUGUGAAUGGUCCUGAAGUGUUGAGCAAAUUUGUUGGUGAAACUGAGAAGAAUGUCAGAGAUCUAUUUGCGGAUGCUGAGCAAGACCAAAGAACCAAAGGUGAUCAAAGUGAGUUGCAUAUCAUCAUCUUUGAUGAGAUUGAUGCGAUUUGUAAGUCUAGAGGCUCAACUAGAGAUGGGACUGGCGUGCACGAUAGUAUUGUGAACCAACUUCUCACUAAGAUAGAUGGUGUGGAAUCUCUGAAUAAUGUCUUGCUCAUUGGAAUGACAAACAGGAAAGAUUUGCUUGAUGAAGCUCUUAUGAGGCCUGGACGUUUGGAAGUCCAAGUGGAAAUCAGCCUUCCUGAUGAAAAUGGUCGGUUACAGAUUCUUCAAAUUCACACAAGCAAGAUGAAAGAAAGUUCUUUUAUUGCUCCAGAUGUAAACUUGGAAGAGCUUGCUGCUCGGACUAAGAAUUACAGUGGAGCGGAGCUGGAAGGUGUAGUAAAGAGUGCAGUCUCAUAUGCUUUGAAUAGGCAACUAAAUAUGGAGGACCUUACUAAACCCGUUGAUGAAGAAAAUAUAAAAGUUACCAUGGAAGAUUUUCUGAAUGCUGUUCAUGAAGUGGUUCCAGCAUUUGGAGCUUCAACAGAUGACCUUGAACGUAGCAGACUAAAUGGCAUUGUGGAAUGUGGGACAAGGCAUGAACAUAUAUACCGAAGAACUAUGCUUUUAGCCGAACAAGUUAAAGUUAGCGAAGGAAGUCCACUUGUUACUUGCCUUCUAGAAGGCCCAAGUGGCAGUGGUAAGACUGCAAUGGCAGCAACAGUUGGUAUUGAAAGCGACUUCCCUUAUGUGAAGAUUAUAUCUGCUGAAACAAUGAUUGGACUCAGUGAGGCUACAAAAUGUGCUCAAAUUGUUAAGGUAUUUGAAGAUGCUUACAGAUCGCCACUAAGCAUAAUUAUCCUUGAUGACAUUGAAAGGUUAUUGGAGUAUGUUGCAAUUGGCCCUCGCUUUUCGAAUUUAAUCUCUCAAACAUUAUUGGUGCUUCUGAAGCGGCUUCCUCCAAAGGGGAAAAAAGUCCUUGUCAUUGGGACUACAAGUGAAGUUCAUUUUCUAGAAUCAGUUGGUCUUCGAGAUUCAUUCUCAGUCACCUACAAUGUUCCAACACUGAAGACAGAAGAUGCCAAAAAGGUGUUACAACAGCUUAAUGUUUUCUCUAGUGAUGAUGUUGAGUCUGCUGCAGAGGCACUGAAUGAUAUGCCCCUCAAAAAGCUGUACAUGGUUGUGGAAAUGGCUGCUCAGGGAGAACAGGGUGGAAGUGCAGAAGCUAUUUAUUCUGGCAAAGAAAAGAUCAAUAUUUCGCACUUCUACGAUUGCCUUCAGGAUAUGGUGCGAUAUUAGUUUAACAUUGCUAUCUACACCAAGUAAUAUUGCAGUUCCGAUUAUUAUUAUUUUUUUCGUAUUUUGUUUCCUCUGUAUGUUUCUUUCGUCUAUUUUUUCGUUUGAUAUUGAGGUUUAUGCACGUGUUCACCCUAUUAUUUAGAAUCACGGCUGUAGGCACGCAUUUGAUUUUGCUUCAAACUAAGUAUGUAGCCAUAUUUUGUUUCCAGUAAAUCAGAUCUUGCGAUCUGAUAUAUUUUUGCAAUUAUGGUUUGCUGAACAUAGUAGACGUAAAAAUAUGUUUGGACCA